UUCACUUUGCAUUAUUACUGGUAUAUGUUGACUAAAAUUAAAAAUAAAUAAAAAUAACGUUGACGUGGCUUGACUUUUCAUUAUUACAAGAAUAUGUUGACUAAAAGUAAAAAUAAAGUUAACGCGGUUAAACCCCUUUGUAAGUCUCUUGCUCUCCUCCAACCAGGAAACACAUCGUUUUGGGUAUUGGUGAGUUAUGUCAGCUGGCUGUCGGAGAAACAACAGAAGAGUGCGAUACGGCAUCUGAGAACCUACCUGCAGCAACGUCGUUGGGGAGGGCAGAGGUUAUAAACAUGAAUGCUUCUUAUUCUUCUUCUUUUUCUCAAGAAAAGAAUGAAGUGUUUCUGAGUUUCAGAGAGCAAGCUAAGGUAGAGGAUCUAAAGGUGGAUAGAUUAGAGAUGGGAAGCGUUCAAGGAUUAGUUACAGAGCCAUACCGAGCAGCCUUAGAAGGAGAUUGGGAAAGAAUGAAAAGGUUCUAUGAAGAAAACAGAGAAGCAGUGUUUUAUCCUCUCACAGUCACUAAUGACACCGCAUUUCAUAUAGCUGUUUACAGUAGAACUAAGAGCCCCCUUGAAGAAUUGAUUCAGAUUGUGCCAAACCCGCCAAUUGCUAGAGCCGACGAUAAGAAAAACACACCUCUUCAUGAGGCUGGCGCUAUUGGAAAUAUUGAAGCAGCUCAAGUGUUGAUGCGUUGGUCUCCAGAGCAGCUUGAGGCUAGAAAUGCUUUAGGAGAAACUCCAAUGUUUAGAGCUGCUGCAUUUGGUAUGACAGAAAUGGUCAAGUAUUUAGCUUCUGAGGUGCGAAGCCGCCACCGCAAUAUGCAUAUUCAGCGCAUCAGAGAUGAUAAUACCUCCAUUCUUCAAAGUGCCAUCCAUGGCCAACACUUCGGUCUUCCAAAUAAUGAACAGGAUGAUGAUAAAUGUGAUCAAAUGAAUUUGGGUCACCGCAACGACUUGGAAAGUGGACGGGGUAAAAUUCACCUGCAUCCAUCUUGCUCUUUAAGCUUCAAUAGAGCAAUAACCAGCUUGUACUCUGGCUUAUGGAUGCUCCUAUGUGCUGGAUGGCCAAUGGUAGGCAACAUUCAAAAUGAGAAGAAGAAGCAUGAAUCAUGUUGGAAACUUGCUAAGUUACUCAUAAAAAAAGACAAGUCAUGGGAGAAAACUGAUAUAAAACCAGAUAUAGGAAUCAUUUCCUUUGGAAAAACAGAAGAAAGUGAAUCAGAGAAACCCCUUGUAUUAGGAAAGAAGCAAGAUGAAGAGGAAAAAGAUGAUUAUAUUCCUUCACCAUUAAUUCUUACAAAUAUAACACCAUUGCUUAUAGCAACUAGCACGGGUAUAGAAGAGAUUGUUAAUGGGAUACUCGACGAGUAUCCUCAGGCAGUAGAGCAUGUUAGCGACCAAGGACUUAGUAUUAUGCAUGUUGCCAUUAGGCACCGCCAGAGGAAUAUCUUUGAACGUGUGAGGAAGAUGAAGAUUCCAAUGGCAAGACUGGUUCGGAGAAUUGAUGACAAUGGCUAUACCUUAUUGCACCAUGUUGCUGAUAUGACCCAUUAUUCUGGUCGAAGUUUGCCUAACCCUGCUCUUCUGUUGCAAGAUGAAUUGAAAUGGUUUGAGCGCGUACGGAAAUUAAUUCCUUCCCAUUACGUCAUGAACCACAGCAAAGGUGGUCAAACCGCCCCAGACUUUUUUGAAAAGUCUCAUGCAUAUCUUCUCCAAGAGGCACAAAACUGGCUAAAGCGGACAUCAGAAUCCUGCUCAGUAAUCGCAGUGCUGAUCGCCACCGUAGCCUUCACGGUAGCGUAUACCGUUCCAGGAGGUUCAGAUCAGUCCACGGGCCUUCCGAUAUUGCGUCACCUCCCUUUUUUUGCAAUUUUCACCAUCACGGACAUUCUAUCCCUCGUCAGCGCUCUCACAUCGGUGGGGAUGUUCAUCUCCAUCCUCACCUCUCCCUUCAGGCUUCAAGACUUCCGCAAGUCUCUUCCCCAAAAGCUUACGCUGGCAUUCACCUUCUUGUUCCUCGCAGUGGCGGUGACCAUGAUGGCUUUCUCUGCCACUGUAAUUCUGAUCGUCCGUAUGAAGAAGCGGUGGACCACCACUCUUGUCUACGGUGUGGCUUUUGUUCCGGUGACGGUGUUCGCACUCUUACAAUUCCCUCUCUACGUUGCGUUUAUGGGCACCGUGAAGCACACUCUAAUAUUCAUGAAGAAGGCUCUUCCUUGGAAUCUUCUUAGGCAGUUGGUUUGCAAGAAUCAGUGAAGUUUAGUAAUUGAACAAGAAUGAGCAUUGAAUUCUAUUAAAUAAUGUGUGUAUAGCAAUAGCACUGGAGCUGGACUCCCUCUACCUGCCUUUAUUAGUUGGAUAUUUAAAGAAUUGGUUGGUUUCUAAUUUUAAUUUGGGGAAAGUAUUUUAAAUUUUGAUUA